AUGACUGUAUUUGCAACAGAAUCAAUAGUUUAUGUUGAACGUUUACGUUUAAAUAAUAAUGAUAACCCUCGCCGUUGGGGCAUGUGGCUAAUUACUCCGAAUAUUGUUUUAUCCUUUCUUGCUUCUCUUUGUUUUAUUUUUGCUUCAAUAUUUAAUUGGUGUGAUUAUCGUAGUAUGCAAGUUACAGGAAUUCUUAGUCAUUCAGUGGAUAAAUAUGCUGGAAGUGUUUUUAAAGCACCAUCUGAAAGUAACAUGACAUCAGGAUUAAAAAAGCAACAACAACAGUAUCUUCAUCCACAACAUUUACCUGGUCAUGAUUAUCCAAAUACUUGUUAUCAAAUAAAUGGUACAAAUAAUAAUAAUAAUCAAAAUCCAUUAGGUUAUCCUCCACCACCAAGUUACGGUGCUCCAAUACAACAAAAUGGAAGUAAUGGUGCAUAUAAUCCAACAUUUCAAAAUUCUGCAGGAUUAUUUGCAUAUUCAAGACCAUCAAGUCCAAUAUAUCCACAUUCAAAUUCUGAUCCUUAUCAUCAUCGACAUUUAAUGACUGAAAGUUCUGAAAUGGAUGAAUUACCUCAUAUGAGUCGUUCACGUCGUCGUUCUCGUCAUCGUUCAAGUUAUCGAUCAAGAUCUCAUAGUCCACGCGAUAAUACAUCUGGUAAAAUUAAUUCUCAAGAACACAACAAUACAAAGCAACCUCAAUUUAUUCCAAUACCUGUUCCUUAUUAUCAACCUCAAAUGCAAGCACCAACUCAACAAUCAACACAACCAAUAAUACAAACGCCUCAUACACCAUCAAACAAUCCAAGUAACAAUAAUAAUAAUAAUAAUACUAACAAUAAACAACCAAUGACGUAUGUUAUUCAACAACCAUUAAAACAACAAUUUGUCGAAGAAAUUAUUCAAUCAGCACCAAAAGCAACUAAUAUGUUAACAUAUGGUUCUGGACAACCAUCACUAGUAGUUUCAAAUCCAACUCAACCUGUGUAUACCAUUGCUUAUCGUGCAAAUAAUGGUGGAAGUGUACUAUCAAAUAUAUUAACUGGACCAGCAGCAAGUACAUAUGUUACAGCAACAAGAAAUCAAUUUGCAGCAAAUCAUUCACCACCAUGUGAUUCUGAUAAUAGCGUUAAAGACUAUCGAGUUUUGCCAAGACGACAUCAUUCCAAAAAGCUUAAUACUAAUGAAGCAUGGACAUGGCGUAAACUGUGA